UAGCUUCCAUAACCAUUGCCCAGCGCUGGAAUUGUGCGCUUCUUGAAAUCAGUUUGAUUUCAACGCGCUCAAACGAUUGUAGUGAUUGGGAUUUUCUUCGUUUGAAUGUACGAGUUACAAAAAAAAUAUAUAUAUAACAUAAUUGCAAAUAAAGGCUUUUGCGCUUCGAUUUGAAAGAGCUUGUACAUUUGCCUGUGAACUAAAAGUACUAUUGAUACGUAGACCCUUUUGAUAGCAAAUACAAAAACAAAACAACAGAGAGGAUAUAUCUUUGAUUCUCAGUGAACGCAAAGACGCAGCAUCUCUAUAGAAGUGGAAUUUGCUGAGCGGCAAAUAUCCUUAUUGGAGAGUGGUUUAUCCUUACAGCUGAAUAGGAGAAGAGUACAAGUGAGCUUCUGAAAUACAUACAUAGUUAAUAAAAAGUAAACGUGUGUGUGUGGGCGUUGUUGACUGAAUACAAGAAGCCUACAAAACAAAACAAAAACAACUACAAACUCUAGCACCCCCACUUGUGAUGAUUUGAUAUUAUAUUGAAUGUGAUUGUACUACUAUGAGUUUUAUUGUAAGUGCGCGCGCAUAAUAAAACACAAAUAAUAUACAAAGAGAGUGAAGUGAGCAUAAUUUUACCUACCAAAUUCAUUUGCUAACAAAAAUCCACCAGAAGUGCAAGAGUGAAAUUAUUUGUACCCAUAUUCACCACAAUUGAUAUUUUUCCAAUAUUUAGUAAUCAAAUAACGCCUGAGAAAGCAUUGCCAGUGGCAUUCUUGAGCCGACAUCACAUUCUAUGUAAUUGUGCAUGCUGCACAGUUCUCUUUUUUAUUUAUACCGUUGCCAGAUAUUUUACGAGAUUUCUCAGCACACGGCAGUUUAAACUGGUACUACCGCAAUUGCUCGUUAUUAUCAGCCAUCAAAUAAAACACUGGGCGCUCCAAUUAAAGUCAAAAUAGAUUUUUUUUUAGCCAACAGCUCACCAUCAAAUCUGCACACCAACAGACAACUACAACAACAGCAACGGCGUUGGACAACGAGAAAAACAAGCCGCAGCACUCGCACUGGGAUUCGGGCUAGCAGCGCUGCCACUAAAACUAGGAAACCUACUCCACUAGAGGCCGAACAGCAAAAGCAACAACAGCAAAAACAACAACAAAAACAAUCAAAGCGGCAACUUUUCAUUAAAAUGAAUCUCCUAAUGGUCUUUGUACUUGUAUUGGUAGCAUUAGUCUGCCAACCGACAUUGAUUUAUGGGCUAAGAGGAUCACAAAACUCAGCCGCUGCUACCCCCGCCGCCACAGCCGACCAGAGAAGUGUCAAAACGUUUGGCGGCGGUAAAGUGAAGCGUUCGCACACGCACACCAAACUCACCUCUGCUGCUGAUCUGGCGAAUGCUAAGUUGGUGAUAGCCCUGGAGUCGGGUGAUGUAUUGGUGAAGCGUGCGGCGCGCGGUACUAAUGUUGAAGGCGUGGAGGAUAGUGCAACGCCAGUUGAUGCGGCUACUGUUGGAAGUGGUGGUAAGCGCAUAAAAAAUGGCAACAAUAAUAAGAAACAAAAUAAGAGUUCUGAUGCAUUAAAUGGUGGACGCAGCAAGCAGGAGAAAAAGUUCUCUGCUGCAAUUGGCAGUCAAAAUCAACAACAACAGCACCAGCAUCAUCAUGGACAUCAUGGUAGCGGUAACGGUAACGGUAAUGGGAACGGGAACGGAAACGGCAAUGGUAAUGGCAAGGGCAGACAGCGUCAACAGCUGCGAUCACAGCAACAUCAGGGCCAUGGCAAACGCGGUGGCAAUGACGGUAAUGGCAAUGGUGUGGGCGCCAAAUUGCGAACGGAAAGCGUGGAAAAAACCGCAACGGCUGAGAAGUCACAAUCCAGCUGUCGUUACUCGAAGAGCGCUUGGACCGAAUGUGAUCCGAAAACCAAUAUGCGUACGCGUACUUUGACGCUCAAGAAAGGCGAAGCGAAUUGCUUGGCCACCAGAACAAUGCAAAAGAAGUGCAGGAAACCAUGUCGCUAUGAAAAGGGUGCCUGGUCGGAAUGUAUUAAUAGCCAAAUGACGAGGCAGGACAAAUUGAAACCAACUGCAAUAGCUAAUAUGGCUGGUGGAGCGACUGACGCCGCAGCUGAUUCCAGCUGUGAGCCGAUGCGCAUUAUUAACAAAAAGUGUAAUCCCGGAGGGGCAAAGAUGGCCAACAAGGCCAACAAAGAGCGCAAGCAAAAGGAAAAAGGACAACGCCGAGCACAACAACAGGCCCAGUGAGAGGACAGAAACGAAGAAAUAUACAAAAAUUUGGCAACAUUGUGUCGGAUGAACAAAGGGACACGAUUUUUUAAAUUAUAACAGAUGUAACUUUAAGGCAUCGAGGGCUUGUAUUCAAUAUCGUCUAUCUGCAAUUUUUUCGAAAAUUUUUACAAGUUUUUAAUGUAACGUGAGCUCUGAGUUAAAUUAACUUAAAAUUUAACUUUAAUGGUAUCAUAUUUUCGUUUUAAGGGUUUCAUUAUCAGCAAUGGCAACACAAUUUUACUGGAAAAUUGUGUCCAUACAUUUUUUGUAGCUAGGCAAAUGGGGGCUACCCGGUUCUACGUAACCGGAACACUUCAGCAGCAUUCCUCGUACAUGCAUGGGGAAUGUUUAUGCUGCUACAAAAACAAGGGCUAGCUAAGUUACAUAAGUAUAUAUGCUUUAUGUAUAUUUUUAUAUGCGCCGAAUGAUUAAUAGUUGUAAUACAAUAACCUUAACAGUUUAAAAUAUUAACCGAUCUUUCAAUCCCUACCGGCAAUAUAUAUGACAAAUAUUAUAUAUGCAGUUGCCACCGCGAUGCUCAGUUUUUACCGAUCUCUGUUGUAAUUACACCCCAUGUUACGUCACCAAACCAGCUGACUUCUUCAAAACCGCUGCCUUCAAAAAAAGCCGGUUAAUGGUCUGAUGUUGGCCUAACGAAAGAGUAUUUUUAGUCUCCUGAAAAAUGCGUCUUUGCAGAUAGACAGCACUGAACAUAAGCUCUCGAUAUAUUUCUAAACAUAAAUGAAACCACGAACUAGUGCAUACUUAAACAACAUGUAUUAGAAAGUAUUUAGUACUAAAUUUGUAAAAAAAACUCCAAAUGUGUGUAUCCAAGAGCACGCUUGACUUUUCAAUAAAGAAAUAUCUAAAUAUAUAUGAAUAUUGUGAACGACAAUUAACAAAAAAUUAAACAAAUAUCAUUGAAAUAAAGAUAUUAAAACUUUA